AUGAUACAGGUGCGGCUAGAAAUGUCUCCGGGGCAGGGUGUCGGCCCACUGCUUUUCGGAAUCUCGAUCAAGGAGGCAAUGCGUAUCGCGUCCUCGUGGGGACAAGUUUCACCGACCGCUCCGGAUUCGGAGUCCGGAGACUUCAAAGUACUCGUCCAGCACCCGCAGUUCGAAGUGGUGCUCAUCUGCGACGACGGCGCCACGCUGACUGCUGUCGAGGUAUGGCGAUUCGAGGAAGACGACGCCGACGUGCAGGUAACUUUCUCGGGAAGAGACAUUUUCCGCACGCCCGCCCGUCAGCUCGUUCGACUCCUGACUGAGGAAGGGAAUGCCGCCGGAUCACUUGACGAGGAAGCGCUCGACGAGGAGGUAACGGUAUUCCCUGAAGUUGCCUUAUUGCUUUCACGGGAUACGAGUCGGGAGGUAACGGUGGAUCCGGAAGACAAACUGCCACUCUUUUUCCAUUAUGCGCUCCUCGCCCCCAGCGGAUACUUCGAUUAG